UCGAUAAUAAGAUAACCUUUAUAAAGACGUAGAAAAAUUUGAUUAAUAAGAAUUUCAAAAACACCGAGACAUUAUAUUUAAGAAAGAAAUAAUGGCGACGGCACAUAGAAAAAAUAAUUUGGAUUUCGUCAAACGAGCAGAAAUUCCCAAAAAUUCUCUCGAAGGUGUUAAAGAAUUGUAUUUAUCCAAACAAGAGGCACAGAAUAUCAAAAAAUAUCCAGAAUGGGAUGUCCCGCGAAUUAAUCCAGCAUUUGAAUUAAUAAAAGCACGUAGAGAUUUAAAUAUUUCUGAACAAAAAUUACGUGAAAAAUGGAUCGAACAAGAAGAGAAAAGAAAGGAAAUGGAUGAACAGUGGAAUAAUUUAAGGGAACAAGAAUUAAUAUUUCGAGAAUCUUUCAUAAAGUAUAAUACUUUUGUUAAAGAAAAUCAAGAAAAACGACAACGCGCGAAACGAAAAAUUAGCGAAGAGCGGGAAAGACAAACGAAAUAUCAAGAAGAUGUCGAUGAUUUAGAAGAAAAGUUAAAUUAUAUGAAAGGAAUGUGCGAGAAGAUGCAAAAACAUGUAGAAAUUUAUAGAAAGUAUCAAAAUUAUCUCGAAAGGGUUGUCAAUGAAACCGGAAGUUUUAAAUCGAUAACGGACAUUUUUCAACGAUACGAAUCUUUAAUCGAAGCUAAGGCAUCUCUUUCCGAAGAUCAGGAUAAAAACAUACAAUUAUUAGAGGAAACCGAAACAAACAUAGUUAAGAGCCGGCGGAUUCGUCGUUCGUUUGAAUUCGGCCGAACUCGUCUAUCUUCGAGUCACCUCGUGCGCGGGAGUACUAGGAGCGCCGACGGUACUGCAGUACACUUCGAGCGUCCGCGCACGUCAGUUCUUUACCUGUCAUUAUAUAUUUUGUUAUCAAAUAAAAAAGAAAAAAUCAACUACUAUUCCGUAAUAUUUAUUUUCCGUUGGACGCGUGCACACGGUGAGUCAUUACCUGGCGAUACAUACGUGGUAAUAAGCAAGCUCGUGAAGUGCAGUGUAUAUAUAUACAUAUAUGUGUGUGUUUCUAUGUUCCUUUUAAACGUGUUUUGUUCGUCAUCAUUUGUUAAUACUUCUACGAAAAAAUUGACGUUCAACAUAAAUGUUAUUCUAUUAUAAUUUCUACUAUAAAGAAGUAAGC